AUGGAAGGUGACAGUGCUUUUGCGGGGAACACCGCUGUUUCCGCGACGAACGAGUACCCCAGCGUGGCAUGGCCGACGGUGCUCGAUAUUCCAUUGAAGGCCUCUGAAGAAUUGGUCAGUAUAGAUCUGGAGACGGAUCUGCCGGAUGACCCUGCGGAUUUGCGAACUUUGCUUGUUGAAGAGAGCUCUGACAAGGAGCACUGGCUGACGAUUGCCAUUGCGUACUGCAACCAGGGGAAGAUCCAGGACGGGAUUGCCCUGAUUCGCAUGGCGUUGGAGGUUUUCCACGGCGCGGAGAGGGCGUCGCUACACACGCUUCUGAGCUGGGCGCAUCUUACCUUGGCGAAGAAGGACACGACGGACCCACAUUUGAGGGAACAAUGCCUUGUAAACGCGGAGAACGACUUGAAGGACGCCAUUGGGUUUGACCCGACGUGGGUUGGGAAUAUGUUGGCGACAGUGGACCUGUACUACCAGAGGGGACACUACGAUAAGGCUCUAGAGACCUCGGACCUGUUUGUCAAGAGUAUCCAUGCAGAGGAGCGCAGAGCAGGGAAACAGCCCAAGAUCAACUGCCUGUUCCUUCUCAUGAGGGCGAAACUGUUGUACCAGAAGAAAAACUACAUGGCGAGUCUGAAAUCGUUCCAGGAAUUGCUCGUCACGAACCCAGUGCUGAAACCGGACCCGAGGAUUGGUAUCGGUCUAUGUUUCUGGCAGUUGAAGGACUACCAAAUGGCCAUCAGCGCAUGGGAGAGGGCGCUCGAAUUGGACCCAGAGAACAAGACGGCAUCGAUACUGUGCCUGUUGGGCAAAUUCCACAACAGUAUUACAGAUUCUAAGAACGAUACACAGUUCACAGAAAGCUUCACCAAAGUUCUGACGGAAUUGAAUGACAUAUAUACGAACAACAAGGAGAACCCCGUCCUCUUGAUCCUCCUACAAAGCUACUACUAUUUCACUGGAGACUACUCAAGAGUCAUUAAAAUCUACGAAGCAAAGAUAUCUCCCAAUGCAUCCCUGAUCACCCCAACGUUGAUGUCGGAUUCGACGUUUUGGUGCGGGAGAGCUCAAUACGCUUUGAAUAACUACAGAGAGGCGUUCGUUAUGUUCCAGGAGAGUUUGAAGACGAAUGAGGAUAACUUGCUUGCCAGGUUUGGUGUAGGGCAGUCCCAAAUAAAGACGAAUCUAGUGGAGGAGAGCAUUUUGACUUUUGAAAACCUGUACAAGACAAAUGAGAACAUCCAGGAAUUGAACUACGUUCUGGGACUAUUAUACGCUGAGAAGUGCCUAAACACUCGUUCCAGAAAGAAACUCUCCGGUAAGGAUUCCAACUUCCUCAUCACAAAGGCAUUGCAGUACUUGGAAAAGUACAUCAACUUAACGACAGCCAAGAAGAACCAACUGAUCAUUAAGAGGGCGUAUUUGGUGAUGUCCGAAUUGUAUGAACUGCAAAACCAAUAUAAAAAAUCGUUAGAACUUCUGUCCAAGGCUGCUGAAGAACUACAGCUUAUUGACGAUGGCCACGUCCCACCGGAAGUAUUCAACAAUUUGGGGUUUUUCCAUUUUAUCAACGGAGAUCACGCCAAAGCCAUGGAAUAUUUUGAUAAAACGAAAAAAUUGGUUACCGAAUUGAAGGACAAAAGCCUCGAACUUACGAUAGAUUUUAACAUUGGGAGGACUUUGGAAGGCGAUCAAGUCGGCGAAGCGCAAGAUAUCUACAAGGGAAUACUCACGGAACAUCCAGCAUACGUAGCAGCCCGGAUACGGUCGCUCUUCUGCCAAAUCUUGAACCGGGAAAAGACGACCACGUUAGCGCAUGAUCUGAAACAGCUGUUGCACGAUUUCUCCGAUGAUUUGGAGGUCCGUGCAUUUUACAGUUGGUAUUUGAAGAACUGCGAUAUAAAGGACAGCGACGCAUUGGAGACGGCGCACAGUAAGGAGACGCUGGUGAAGUACGAUUCUCAUGAUCUAUAUGCGCUAAUCUCGUUGGCGAACCUUUACUGUGUGAUCGCAAAGGAGGCCAAAAAAUCAAGUUCCUCAAAAGAGCAAGAAAAGUCCAAACACUCGUACUUAAAGGCUACGCAACUCUACCAAAAAGUGUUACAAAUUGAUCCUCUGAAUGUGUUUGCUGCACAGGGUAUAGCCAUUGUGUUUGCCGAGAGCAAGAGGCUGGGCCCCGCGUUGGAGAUCUUUAGGAAAGUGAGAGACUCGAUCCACAACGUUGAUGUGCACAUCAACAUCGCGCACUGCCUGUUGGAGAUGAACGACUACGUGAAGGCAGCUGAGAACUACGAGAUCAUUUUAAAGAAGUUCGACAAGGAGAUCCCCAACAGGGCGUACAUUUUGAACCUGCUGGGCAAAGUAUGGUACCUGCGUGGUUGUAAAGAGCGGAACGUUGGGUUUUUACAGAAAUCUCUUGGGAACAUUAAGUUGGCAAUUGAAGAUGAAUCCUGUAAGACUCCACUGAACGGUAAGUUUUUGAACCGGUUGCAGUUCAAUCUCACGUUACUGCAAUUCCAGAUUUUGGAGACUCUUCGUAGGUCUGCUGCAAAGAACAGGACUCUGGCGGACUUGAAAUCUGCCUCCGAGGAAUUGACUCAUGCUGUUUCUGUGUUGAAGCAUCUGAGGGACGCUGAUGAUUUCAAGAUUGUCUCUCAAGAGGAAUUGGAGCAAAGAAUUCAGCUUGCGGAGACGACGAUGCGUACUUCUCUGGACCGUUGUAUCACUGAACAGGAAGCCUUUGAACGGGAGCAGAACUCCAAGUUGGACGAGGCACGUAAGAUCUUGGAGAUGAAGGAGCAACAAGAGCGGGAAACGCGGGCGAAGGAGGAUAUGGAGAAGCUCACGAAGCUUGCCCGGCAGAAGGAGGAGUACCAACGGUUGCAAGACGAGGCACAGAAGUUGAUCCAAGAACGUGAAACUUUUGAAGUUGGUGAAAACGACGUGGCGUACCGAUCAUCGGACAGCGGUGCUGUAGAUGAUGACGCCGCCGCCGCCGGGGACGGGAAGAGGCAGAAGAAGCGGAAGACGAAGCAGGGUACCAAGGCGAAGAGGACAAAACGGGACGCUGUGGCCGAGUCCAGCGACGGGGACAGCGACGGGGAAGAGAUCGCUGUCCGCAAGAGAGCGAAACGGUCCGCCAAUGCGGAUGCCUCGGUCGAGGAGAGCGACAGGGAGGAGGCACAACUGUCCCCUCCCGCGAGCGACGAUGACCAGGACGGGUUGUUCUAA